AUGUGGUUCGAAGCCGUUUACAACCUGCUGACAUCAGACCUCCAGGAGAUCUCCACCCACCUGCUGAGCCUCAUUGAUGAGUUCUUGGACUACUUCCUGCUUCUGGCUCAGGCUCCUCUUCCAGUCAGCCAGCUGUCGGCGGUCCUUCUCCAGUUGGUCAAGUUUGCUCUUGAUGAACAAGUCCGUUUCCCAAUGAAGCUGGAGGCCAUCAGAACCUUCAACAGCAUCGUGGAGUCUCUGAGCCGAGAUCAGCGACGACUUAUCCAGAAUGACCAGAACCAGACCCAGAUAUUACCUCAGGUGGCAGCAGCAGUUCUGACAGUUGGGGACUACGAGCUGCAGGUCAGUCUAUCGGAGGCUCUUUGCCGUCUGACUCCACGCCGCGACCGUCAACAGCGAGCUUAUCAGUGGUUCUGCAGCUGUGACCUCAGCAGUGCCUUCUGUGACAUUAGAGAUUCUGACUUCGAGGUGGACUCCAGACGUUUCCUGAACUUGGUUAACCGCCACCAUGGAGACCAGAGAAGGGUCUACACCUUCCCCUGCCUGCGAGCAUUUCUCAACUCCACCCAGCUGUUUCGUCCAAGAGAUGACAAACUGCAAGAGUUCUGGAUCGACUUCAACCUGGGCUCAGAAUGUCUGAGCUUCUUCAUCGAUGAGCCUCAGGGGUUUCUGUGGGGGUCCAUCCACCUGCGGAAGGAGGAGGUGGAUCAUUACAGCCUCAUGGUCAAACAUGACGCCACCCUCAGGCACAUUCUCUCAGGGUGCAAAAUUGGUCUCGCCCAAGGACGCUACACGUGGCGUCACAACCAAGUCCUGAAGAUCUUGGCAUCCACCCUGGAGGACAAACGAGCUGCCACCAACUCCCUAUCGGCAUCAGCACCCAACCAGCAACAGACAAUGACCUGUGUCCGUGAGGGGGCAAAGGUCACCAGGAGCUGCUCGACACCAUCUGAGCGAGGCCAGCUACGGUUGGCCCGCGACUGGAAGAUGCUGGCUGAUGUUGGCCGACAGCUGAUGUUUCCUAAAGAGAUCGCUACAACCACCCUGAGACCUGACUUGGUUCUCUGGUCCCCUUCACUAAAAAAGGUGUACAUCGUUGAGCUAACUGUACCCUGGGAGGACGCAAGGCUAAAGCCUGCGUUCAGCCAUCAAAGCUGCAUCGGAAGCAGCCGAAAGAAGCAGCCAGUGGCUCUUUAUGAGGAGGAAAGAUCCCAGCUGGGCCCCAAAGUAGCCAACCAGAAGGUAUGCGAGAUCGUCCUCACCAUCAGGCUCAAUAAACCCAUCGUACACAACAACAGCAAGGGUCAGAGGGUAGAGCUGAGCUUCAACUGUGACCUCCACAAAGAGCUGGAGGAGGUUGCUGGGAGGGUGUUCCAGAAGGUGCAGAGCUCUCCCUGUGUAGCAGAGGUGGGUGGUACGGUCCAGGGCUCCCUCUCUGCUGACCAAGGCCACACUUGGUCCUAUGGACGCAAGAAACCGAAGAACAAAAGCCAGCUGAAGGUUCUACCUUUGUCGUCUCCAAGCAGUGAGGACGAUGCCUCUGUUUCCAAGGCUGUUUCAAGAAGCAGAGCAGAGAUCCUGUUUGAUCUGAUCAGAAGCUCCACCCCCACCUUUGAGUCAACAUGCACAGCUGCUCCCCAGCUGCCACCUGACAUCCCUGGGGACUUCAGUGCUGCAGAAACCCGCUCGUCAGAGUCCACACCGUCGCUGUCACAUGAUCCGGAGGGGGCGGAGCCACAGGCCUCCCCGGAGCCCAUGCUGGAGUUUGGAGGAGGAGGAAGCAGCUCCCAGCCAGAAACGUUUCCUGGUUGUCAGCAGGACAUGAAGAGGAAGAGAGAAGCUCCAGAUUCAGGGUACAUGUCGGACCAGACUGAGGGAAAACCAGCCGUCAAACAGAAGGUGGAGCUUCAGCCAGAAGGGGAGGAGUCUAACUCUGAGCUAACAGGAUGCUCGUCUGAGGAGGCAGGGCCAGCUCCAGUAGAGGAACAGCUCAGUGAGGACCCAUGGUCAGGCCAGAACCAGACACUAGCUGAGCAGAGGGCACAGCUAGUCUCACACCUAAAGUUUGACAUCACCGCUGCGUUCAGGACAUUCAGGCAACAGCUGGACGAGCACUUCACGGGCUGCUUGCAAAAAGUGGAGGCUGAUGUUCUUGCAUUGGUGAAAGAAUGUCAACAGCACGUCUCUUCACUGUUCACAGCUGUCCAUCAACACAGGUUGUUGCUGCUGCAGAGGUUUGAAACCAGCGUCACUGAACAACUAAAGCAGCUGGAAGACAACUGCACCAACCUGAACUCCAUCAAUGCCCAGAUCCUGGUACUACCACCACCUAAGUAUUACUAA